CCCUGUGCCUUUCAUCAGGUCUCCUUCAUGGGUGACAGGGGGACAAGCAAUCACUCAGAAGCAACUGACUUCAUUCUCAUAGGCUUCAGGGUCCGCCCUGAGCUCCACCUUCUCCUCUUCCUGUUGUUUCUGCUUGUGUACAUCAUGAUCCUUCUGGGGAACAUUGGGAUGAUGGCCAUCAUUAUGACCGACCCCCGGCUGAGCACGCCCAUGUAUUUCUUCCUAGGCAACCUCUCCUUCAUUGAUCUCUUCUACUCUUCCGUUAUUGCCCCGAAGGCUAUGAGCACCAUCUGGUCUGAAAGCAGGUCCAUCUCGUUCUCAGGCUGUGUGGCCCAGCUCUUCCUCUUCACACUCUUCAUUGUGACUGAAGGAUUCCUCCUGGCAGCUAUGGCCUACGACCGCUUCAUGGCCAUCUGCAGCCCUCUGCUCUACUCUGUGCACAUGUCCACGCGUCUCUGCACCCAGCUGGUGGCAGGCUCCUAUUUCUGUGGCUGUCUCAGCUCAGUUCUUCAGACCAGCAUGACAUUUACUUUAUCCUUUUGUGCUUCUCGGGCCAUUGACCACUUCUACUGUGAUGUUCGUCCACUGCAGAGAUUAUCCUGCUCCGACCUCUUUGCUCAUAAAAUGGUAUCCUUUUUCUUAUCCAGCAUCAUCAUCUUGCCAACGGUCAUAGUCAUUGUGGUCUCUUACAUGUAUAUUGUCUCCACUGUUCUGAAAAUUCAAUCCACAGAGGGUCGGAAGAAGGCCUUCUCCACCUGCAGCUCUCACCUGGGGGUCAUCAGUGUGCUCUAUGGUGCUGUCUUCUUCAUGUAUCUCACCCCUAACCAAUUUCCUGAAUUGAGUAAAGUGGCUUCUUUAUGCUACUCACUAGUCACACCUAUGCUGAAUCCUUUGAUUUACUCUCUGAGAAACAAAGAUGUUAAGGAGGCUGUAAAAAAACUCAUACAGAAGAAAAAUACUAUUUCCUGA